AUGGCAAAUCAUUGGAAAGCCUGUGAGUGUUCACCCCUGAGCUUAAUGACCAGAAAAACACCUUGGCAUGCCAGAGGGGCAGGUGAAGAGAAGUGUGGACGAAAACAUGCAGAAUCUCGUGGCACACCUGCACAAAUGGAAGCUCCUGGCAGAUUAGACCUAGGCUCACAGGCCUCAGACCAAAAAGCACACCAGCAUCAUGCAGAAUGCCUCCAAGCCAAGGAGGAAGAGAUCUAUAACACCUUGUCCAAGGAUGAAGAGACAGAAAGCUCCCUCGCUGUUAUUUAUUUUACAGGAGGAUCACCCCUUUCGGCCGACUCGCCGCAAAGCCACCUGGGUAGCGGCCGCGGCUGGCGGAGCCGCACAUGCGCAGUCUGUCGCCGCUCAGCCCCGCCCUCGGAUCCGGGAGAACGAGCGACGCUCCUCCCCGGGGCCUCUGCCGCGCAGGCGCAUUGGCGCCGAGCUGCCUCUGGGUCCGGAGCCCGCGGUUUGCGAAGUGGCGCCGGGCCGGGCAGGUGCAUCCAGCACGGGGUCGCGGACCCCAAGGGAGACAGCAGCACGGAGGUGCCGACUGUGGCCGAGGGGCCGGGGGCCGCUGGCGGCGUGCCCCUGCCGGGGGCUCCCGGCCCCGCGGCGGCCCCGGCCUCACAGUUCACCCUGCUGGUGAUGCAGCCGUACGGGGGCCAGGACGAGGCCGGGUCCGAGGGCGUGCCGAGGCCCACCCAGGCCCCUGGCGGCAAGCCUGUGAGGUACCUGUGUGAGGUCGCGGGGGAUGCGGACGAGGAGGUGGGGGAGGACGAGGCGGACCUGCUGGACACGUCGGACCCCCCCGGGGGAGGCGAGAGCACAGCCAGCUUGGAGGAUCUGGAGGAUGAGGAGGCCCACUCGGGGGGCGAGGGCGGCGGCGGGGCCGGCCGGAGGCGGGGCAGCGGCGGGGCCGGCGCGAGCAAGACCUGCACCUACGAGGGCUGCAGCGAGACGACGAGCCAGGUGGCCAAGCAGCGCAAGCCGUGGAUGUGCAAGAAGCACCGCAACAAGAUGUACAAGGACAAGUACAAAAAGAAGAAGAGUGACCAGGCCUUGAACUGUGGCGGGGCCGCCUCGGCCGGCAGCUCGGGAAACGUCAAACUAGAGGAAAGUGCAGAUAACCUGCUCUCCAUGGUUAAGCAAAGAACUGGAUCUUUUGGAGAUCGUCCUGCAAGACCUACUCUUUUAGAACAAGUGCUCAAUCAGAAAAGACUGUCAUUACUGAGAAGUCCAGAAGUGGUGCAGUUCUUACAGACACAGCAGCAACUGUUAAACCAACAAGUCUUGGAGCAAAGACAGCAGCAGUUCCCAGGGGCAGCAGUGUGAGCGGACUUGCCAAGAACAGUCACAUACUGGUGUUUUUUUUUUUUUUUAUCAUAUUAUAACAGAUAAGCAUAUUUUUGUACUAAAGGUUAAUGUAAGACAUGCCGGUAGAACUUAAGCAUUUUUUGGAUAAAUGUAUGUGUGCAUUCGGGGAUAAAUAAGUGUUGUCCUCUGGGUAUCCUUUCGAAUCACCUUAAGCUUAAAAAAGUUGGCUUGUCUUUCCAAAGUAAUCUUUAAUUACAGUGGCUUUUAAAAUACAUUCUUCUUCAGUUGUUGUUGAAGAUAAUGAAGCAGUUACUUUCUGUGGAAGUUGUGAAGUUAAUAUAUAAUAAUCCAGAAUCAUCCAGCUCAGUGACUCUCAUCAAGAGUAACUUGGGAGUGUUUAGGUAUGGGUUAUAGCUGUCAAAAUGACCUUGAAGCUUGCUGGAGGGUGGUGGUCGACUCAAGGGGCAGUUUAAUGUGUGGCACAAGAAAAUUAAAUGUUCAGCAGUGUCUGGUUUAGAGACUAAAAAUUAUUUCACCCACAAUGCCAGCAAUGCCCCUCUUAAAACACUGCUAGCCACCGGAGGUGCUGACGUGCAGUUGAGACAUCUAGAGUUGGGUUCUCACUCCGCCUUGCUCUGCAGUCGGUGCUGGAGCUCUCGCGAGGUGGCGUAUGCUGUGCCUCUCCUAAGGAAAGUGACAGUGUGUGUAUCUUAAAUCAGUGAUGUUCAGUGAUCAGGAGAAUGUCUUAGUAGAAUAAAUACAUCUAUAAAAUCGGCUUGUCGGUUUCUUGCUACCUUCCGGUGUUCGCUGUCCGAAGCAAACACUCCUCUGUGGUAACUGGUUAACAGGAGACUUGUAUCUCAGCCCAUCAAUGCCAGGGCAAAAUGAUUUCUCUUGUAUUCAUCUUCUCUUAAGGAAAAAAAUGGGUCCUGCAAGUAACAAUUACACUCUAGCUUUGUUUCUGUAUUUUUUUUUUUCAAAUUGAUCUAUUUUACAACUGUAUUGUUCCUACGUACUGUUCAAAGAAGGAGGAUACUCUGGAUAGGUAGUUGUAUUUUCUUGUAUUUUCUCCUAGGAAAACUUUAAAAUGGCAAACCUGCUUGCUAAUAAAGACUUGUUACUAACAAAGAGUAACAAGUCAAAUGUUAAAAGAGUUUAUUCCAGUAUUACGAUAGUAAAUGUGUGUCAAGAUGAACUGUGCAAAAAUUUGUGAGUUCCUUGGCUUUUAGGCUCUAAAAUAUAUAUCACAUUUGAAAAUCAGUCAUAAUUUCUAAGAAAUACUUCUGGAGAGAAUGUUUUUGUUCCGUUUUAAAAUAUGUUUUAUACUCACAUAUCCGUGCAUAAAUAAUUUGAUCAAGUUUUUCAUUAAAGUCCAUUUUUGUUGACCU